AUGACACUGCCAUACCAAAGCGUCGGAACAGAAUCCUUACAAAAACAUGUCCUGAACUUGCAUAAGCUACCGGCACUGCUCUGGUGUCCACUCGUGCGUCAGGGAUUAUUCACAUCUAUCCGGAUCUUCUCCCCGGCGUGUUUGCGCACCGCCGGGGUGUGCCGGGAGAGCCACAGAGCCAAGUCGGAAGAAGAGAACCAAGGGAGCCAAGUCGGGAGAGCCAGGGAGCCAAGUCGGGAGAGCCAGAGAACCAAGUCGGAGGAAGAGAACCAAGGGAGCCAAGUCGGGAGAGUCAGGGAGCCAAGUCCGGGAAGAGCCACAGAAGACCAAGUCGGGAGAGCCAGAGAGAAUCAAAUAGAGGGGAGCCAAGUCGGGAGAGCCAGAGAACCAAGUCGGGAGAGCCAGAGAACCAAGUCGGGAGAGCCAGAGAACCAAGUCGGGAGAAGAGAACCAAGGGAGCCAAAGGGGAGAAGAACCAAGUCGGGAAGUCAGAGCCAGGGAGCAAGUCGGAGAGAGAGACCAAGUCGGGAGAGGGAGCCCAAGUCGGGGAGAGCCAGGGAGCCAAGUCGGGAGAGCUCGGGAGAGCCAGGGAGCCAAGUCGGGAGAGCCAGAGGAAACCAAGUCGGAAGAAUGAGAACCAAGGGAAGCCCAAGGUCGGGAGAGCCAAGAGAACCAAGUCGGGAGAGCCAGAGAACCAAGUCGGGAGAGCCAGAGCCAGGGAGCCAAGUCGGGAGAAGCCAGGGAGCCAAGUCCAAGUCGGGAGAGCCAAGGGAGCCCGCAAGUCGGGAGAGCCAGGGAGCCAAGUCGGGAGAGCCAGAGAACCAAGUCGGGAGAGCCAGGGAGCCAAGUCGGGAGAGCCAGGAGUCGGGAGACCAGGGAGCCAAGUCGGAGCCAGAGAACCAAGUCGGAGAACCAAGGGAGGCCAAGUCGGGAGAGCCAGAGAACCAGUCGGGAAAGAAGAGCCAGGGGCCAAGCGGAGAGAGCCAGAGUCGGAGAGCCAGCCAAGUCGGAGAGCCAGAGAACAAAGAGCCAGGGACCAAGUCGGGAGAGCCAGAGAACCAAGUCGGGAAGAAGAGAACCAAGUCGGAGAGCCAAGUCGGGAGAGCCAGAGAACCAAGUCGGAAGAAGAGAACCAAGGGAGCCAAGUCGGGAGAGCCAGAGAACCAAGUCGGGAGAGCCAGGGAGCCAAGUCGGGAGAGCCAGAGAACCAAGUCGGAAGAAGAGAACCAAGGGAGCCAAGUCGGGAGAGCCAGAGACCAAGUCGGGAGAGGCCAGGGGAGCCAAGUCGGGAGAGCCAGGGUCGGGAGAGCCAGGGAGCCAAGUCGGGAGAGCCAGAGAACCAGUCGGGAGAGAGCCAGGGAGCCAAGUCGGGAGAGCCAGUCGGAGAGCCAGAGGAGCCAAGUCGUCGGGAAAGAGCCAGAGAACCAAGUCGGGAGAGCCAGGGAGCCAAAGUCGGGAGAGCCAGAGAAACAAGUCCGGAAGAAGAGACCAAGGGAGCCAAGUCGGGGAGAGCCAGAGAACCAAAGGUCGGAAAAAAGAAGAGAACCAAGGGAGCCAAGUCGGGAGAGCCAGAGAACCAAGUCGGGAGAGCCCAGGGAAGCCAAGUCGGGAGAGCCAGGGAGCCAAGUCGGGAGAGCCAGAGAACCAAAGUCGGCCAAGUCGGAAGAGCCAAGGGAGAAGAAGCCAAGUCGGAAGAAGAGAACCAAGGGAGCCAGUCGGGAGAGCCAGAGAACCAAGUCGGGAGAGGCCGUCGGGAGAGCCAGAGUUCGAGGAAGCCAAGAAGAGCCAAGUCGUCGGAGAGCCAGGGAAGCCAAGUCGGGAGAGCCAAGGGAGCGCAAGUCCGGGAGAGCCAGAGAACCAAGUCGGAAGAAGAGAACCCAAGGUCGAGCCAAGUCGGGAGAAGCCAGAGAACCAGAGAACCAAGUUCGGGAGAGCCAGGGAGCCAAGUCGGAGAGAGCCAGAAAGAACCAAGUCGGGAAGAGCCAAGCCAAGUCGGAGAGCCAGGGAGCCAAGUCGGAGAGCCAGAGCCAGAGAACGCAAUCGGGAAGAGCAAAGGGAGCCAAUCGGGGAGAGCCCAGAAGCCAAGUCGGAGGAAGAGAACCAAGGAGGCCAAAGUCGGGAGAGUCAGGAGCCAAGUCGGAAAAGAGCCAACAGGGAACCAAGUCGGGAGAGCCAGAGAACCAAAAUAGGGAAGAACCAGGGAGCCAAGUCGAGAGAGCCAAGUCGGGAGAGCCAGAGAACCAAGUCGGGAGAGCCAGAAGAACCAAGUCCCAGAGGAGCCAAGGGAGCACCAAGUCGGGAGAGCCAGAGGUCGGAAGAAGACCCAAGUCGGGAGGAGAGCCAGCCAAGUCGGGACAGCCAGGGAGCCAAGUCAGGGAGAAGCCAGAGAACCAAGUCGGAAGAAGAGAACCAAAGGGAGCCAAGUCGGGAGAAGCCAGAGAACCAAAGUCGGAAGAAGAGAACCAAAGGGAGCCGGGAAGUCGGGAGAGCGCAGAAGAACCAAGAAACCAGAGUCGGGAGAGCCCAAGUCGGGAGAGCCAAGUCGGGAGAACCCAGCCAAGUCCGGGAGAGCAGAGAACCAAGUCGGGAGAGCCAGAGAACCAAGUCGGGAAGAGCCAGAGAGCCAGAGAAACCGCAGAGAACCAAGUCGGGAGAAGAACCAAGUCGGGGAGAGCCACAGAGCACCAAGUCGGGAGAGCCAGAGAACGCGUCGGAGAGCCAGAGAACCAAGUCGGAGAGCCAGAAGAACGGAGAGCCAGAACCGUAGGGAGAGCCACAGUCGGGAGAGCCAGAGAACCAGAGUCGGGAGAGCCAGAGAACCAAGUCGGAGAGCCAGACCCAAGUCGGGAGAGCCAGAGAACCAAGUCGGGAGAGCCAGAGAACCAAGUCGGGAAGAGCCAAAGGGAGCCAAAGUUCGGGAGAAGCCCCAGAGAACCAAGUCGGGGGAGCCAGAGAACCAAGUCGGGAGAGCCAUUACCACCCAUUCGGGCCGCUUGGAAAACGCUAUGA